ACAUCAUCACUCUUCCCACCUCCACUCUUCCUGCCAGAGCCCUGGCCCCAAGGGUGCAGACCUGAGCAUGAUGGAUCCAUCUGGCUCCUAACCAUGGGCCAUGUAGGGGAUUGCAGACCUGAGGGGAUUCGAACCAUCCAUUUCUGAGUCAUGGGCAUUCGAUUUUGUAAGGAUGGCCAGUUCUGUGAAAUAAUAAUCGAAGAUGUCGAUGAAACCACAGUGUGGACAAAGAAAGAGAAAGAAAAGAAAACAGUAAAACAACCUCCCCCACCACCACCUCCACCUCCGAAGCCAAAGCCGCGCCCCAGCAGUGAAGCGGCAGCCCGGAAGAUCCAGGCAUGGUGGCGGGGCACGCUGCUCCGCCGCACGCUCCUGCACGCGGCGCUCAGAGCCUGGAUCAUCCAGUGCUGGUGGAGGCACACGCUCAUGAUCCUGCUGCAGAGGCGGCGGCGGGCGGCGCUGGACUUCUAUGCACGGGAAACGUGGGCGUCUACCAGGCUGCAGUCCUGGUUCCGCAUGUGGCACAUCCGAAGGCGAUACUGUCGACUGCUCAACGCUGUUCGUAUCAUCCAGAUUUCCUGGCGCUGGCACAGUUGCCACACUCGUGGUAUCUUCCAGGGCCACUAUGAGCUCACAGAAAGCCAGCUAAAACUCGAGCUGGACAUCUUUCUAGGGUCCCAGAUUUGUCGCAUCACAGACUGCAUCCCCUUCCCAAUAAAGAACUAACCAGGUCUGCUCCAA